AUGCGGUCCCCGCCCCGUCGACCAGACAUUGUGCCUCGAGACCGUGUGCCGGUCUUGAUUGGCACUGAAGAUCCAACCCUUGUGAAAAGGGUGCCUUCGACAUCUACGACGACUACAAGCACCCGUUGUCCUGAGGGUGACACCUCCAGUGCGUGCGAGAAAUAUACAAGUUCGUCUAGUACGACGACCUUGCCGAUUGUACUAGGCGCAGUAAUCCCAAUUGUAUGCGCCAUUAUCGUCCUAUUUUAUCUCCAUCGGCGGAAUGUGAAGAAGCUCCGACAGGAAGAUGCCAAUGACAAGCAUAAAUCUCUCGAUUUUGGCUUAGAUCUGGAACCCAGAGCGGGGCCUAAACCAAUGACACAAGCAGAGAAAGGCAGCAACCUUCAUACCAAAGGAAUGUCCCUCGACAUAGGCCCAAGUCCCUACCUCCUUCCUCCUGGUCUACAUGGUUCCCGGGAGUCAUUACACUCUCUUUCAAGAUCUAUGAUUGGUGAUGACGAUAAAUACCGCCAUGCGACUUCAUUCCUCGGUGAUAAUGCGUCUGUCAGAUCGCAGCCGAGGGGAUUUCACGAUGACACGUCGGGAUUCUCCAGAUCGCAGAGUAAAGCCAGCCUUCGAGGAGAUGACAUGAACCAAGGUUUACUGCAGAACGCCCAGAGAAUUUCACGUUCGUCACCGCCACUGUACAAUGCUCCUUCGGACAGUGGUAGCUUGCACAGUCCGCUGGGCCAAGGAAAUGGACAGGAUGUGGGAUUGCAGUUGAAUCUGCCACGGAGUUUGAGUCCUGUUCACAUACCGGGAGUCAGCGGUAGUCGUGGACCAAGUCCAGCGCCAGGUGGCCAGGACGAUGGCGACGAGGACAUAUCAUCCUCGACGGCCCGCCACGACAAUUUGCCUCGACAACCUCCCAAGAACGCUGUGGACCCUUCAUUGGAGCUGCAUCUCGACAUUCAUGAACAACAGAAUCGUCCCAUUCAUGAAGCUCUGCCGACCAAUCUUGAAUCAACCGCGCCUUCAAAGCAGACACCGUUCACGCCAACACCUCGGAUUUCACUUCCCGUGAGCGAUGCAGCGAGCGACUACGGUGAUAAUAGAAAGUCUUAUCCCGAGAUCCCGGCAGUGAACGUCUACGGGACCGAAGAUGCCCAGAAGCGUGACGCGGCCCCAAAUCAUGCAGCAGCUCCUCCUAUCCCCCAGGAGCCGCCGCAGUCUCAGAAUCAAACCCUUGAUGUCCGUCGUGAUACUCGUCGGUUCACUCUGGGACUUCGCCCUCUGCCCCCAGAGGAUCCAUCAGACAAUCCCGAGCAGCGUGCCAACCGUAUUCGGUCGUUUUACAAGGAGUACUUCGACGAGUCUAAGACGGGCAGGGAAACCAUCUAUGAGGACUACGGUCCAGAAUCCUUCCAGGAUGGUGGCUACGUCUACGAUCCUACUACUGGUGAUUACUAUGAUCCGGUUCCAGCACCAUUCGCUGAGCCCGUCCAUCGUCGUGCCAUGACGCCGCCCCCACGCGCACCACCCCGCUUCCAAGGAGCUGCCAGGCAUAUGGCUAGCGGCUCUGUGGGUGGUGCCGGCGAUCGGUUCAACUAUCCGGGGCCUCGUGCUUUCUCUUCGGCUUCUCAUCGGUUGCCCGGGCCUCGAGCACCUCGCAAGCCAAUGCCGCCGCCGUCACCACUUCAAGUUCUACCUUCCCCUCACUUGCUGAAAGACGAUUCCCUUAUGAUUGCUGCCGAGUACGCCCCAGGCAGAAACUUCAAAGACCAAAAAGAAGGACGAGCAGAGACCCCUCUUGGUGGACUGCGGCCUUACACUCCGCUAGCACCUGCUCGUACACCUCUUGCCUCCGCUUUCGAUGAGCUCGCAGCGAUACCAAGCCCGCAUGCAUUGCGUAAAUCAGGAACCUUCGAUAACCUUGAUUUCGCGCCUCCGCCUCGAUUCAAGAAUGCAGAGACUGCAAGCGAUGCUGGCAGCAUUCAUAGUAACCGCACAGGAAUCUCCGCCGCUCAUUUGCAUAACAUUCGUACGGGUGCGUAUCGUGUCAGUCGGCUUCCCCCAGAGACUGUAGUACAGGCGGCUCCGACGAGUGCCAACGCCAAUGGCGGUACGCCCGCCCAAACAACCGCAGAGCAGACGCCGACUGCACCCACCACCACUUCCGAGCCAACUUCAACGUCCUCGACCACCUCAUCAACGACUUCCACGACGUCCGCCCCGACAGAACCAUCAACGACUAGCACUACGAGUAGCACAAGCACUUCAACCACUUCAAGCACUUCAUCCGCCACGACUGCGCAGACCACACAAUCCACCAGUUCCGAAACCUCUCGAACCCCCGACAGCGUCAUCACAUCUAUCUCUACUGCCACACCUGCCAAUACAGAUACUGGGGCGAAGACCGUUUACGUUACUUCGACAGAAUCUACGUCUCAGACUCUCCCGACCGGAAACUCAGCCAACGGAGUGACAGCUACAUCGUCUGGAUCGUCCGCGACUGCAUCGUCCACAGGAGGAAGCUCGGGUAGUUCUGGACUCUCUGCUGGUGGCACAAUUGCGGUAGCGGUAGUCGUACCGGUCGUCUCUGUGGCUUUGAUCAUCCUGGCUGCCUUGUACUUCUGGCGCAAAUGGAAGGCAAAGAAAGCGGCGGAGGAAGAACGUAGAAAAGAGGUGGAGGAGUACGGAUUCAACCCAAACAACGACCCGACACUACCGCCCAUCAUGGGCGGCGGCGCUGCAUUCGAACCCAAGGAUGACACAACCGGAUAUCGGGGAUGGGGAACGACCUCCGCUGGCCGCAAAGCAUCGACGAAUUUGUCGAGUGGCGCUGGGGCGGGUUUAGCUAUGUCGGAAGCUGGAAGCGCACCUGGCUAUCAUCACGCUGCAACUCCAAGUGAUGGUACCAUCCAAUUUUCCGAGGGACAGAUGCCAGAGACUGAACCAAUCGGGGUUUUGGGAGCUGCGCCUGCAGCUUCUAAUAACCGCACCACCGACAUUCACCGUGGUCCGUCCAAUGCCUCGUCUGCUUACUCCGCAGGCAACAGAUCCGAGGCCUCGGACGAAAGCCAUAUGUCUGCCACCCAUCCGACCGGUGCCUUCUACGAGGAUAACCCAUAUUAUAGUGAUAUGCAAGGGCAGUACGGGGCUUAUGGAGACGGUCCAUAUGUCCCAAAUCAGCCUGUGAUUCGAGAUGUCCAGGCUCGGCGCAAUACGCGAAUCGAGAACCCGGCAGUCUUCCCGCGACAAGGAAACGCCGGCAUCGCCCAAAACUUCUGA